CAACGAUGAGUCCUACAACAAAGUUAGUGGAACAAUAUCUCAGAUUCUGGAGGCUGAUAAAUUCUUUGAUGGACCAACAAGUGAGAAGCUACGAGAUUUCUAUAAGCGUCUAAUUCAAACAGAUGCUCGCAUAAGAAAAUUGAAACAGCAAACAGACGAAGCAAGCGACAUCAUAACAAAACCUCUACCUGAUAGAUACAAGAGGUCGCUCAUGUCGAUAGAUACUCCAAUAAAUACUGACAGCCAAAGGAUACCUAUCGACACUAAAGUAGACUUGAGUAAAUUCAAUUUAUUCUACCCACCGUUUGUUGCUGUUAAAGAUUCUGCAUUCGCUAAUCAGAAACCAAGAUUUAAAAAGGCUGAUGACGACCCUUACAAUAAUCAACCAUCAGGUAUAGUAAUAGAAAACAAAAAACUAAUGGUACAGUAUGGACCAUUCGAUAGGAAACGGAAUUUUCCAAAAUGCUCCCAUAUGUUGAAAGACUCGAAAUCACACGAGAAACAAUUGAAACAUCCUUUCUAUAAGAACUCACAACGGUUGGACGAACUAUUGGGUCAAAUGUUGGAACAUAACUUGGAUAAGGUUGUAGCGAAUCCAUUUAACUUAGAUCUCUGGAAUAGUGAGAAGGAUAAAUGCAAACAUUCGAAGGACGAACCGGAUGUGGUGACAAAAACAGAAGAAGAACCACAAAAACAAAUUUCAUAUCCACCUAAAUCUGACGACUCUGUUAAGCUGAUGGGCGUUAAAAGAAGAAAUGGUUUAGCAGAAGGAAAUCCGAGUUACAUUGAAAAAGAAGCUGCACAUAUAAAUGACGAGGAAACCGAUGAACUUUUCUUUCCAUCGACAACACAAAAAUAUGGGGUUGUGUUAAGCGUAUCAACAUUUAUUAAUGCCGACAGUACCGAAGAAAACAGAGUUUCAAAGAACAGCGACGAGUUAUCAGUAAAUAGACGUAAACUAUUACAACUAAACGAGGAAGAUGAAGACAAUCUUGCUUAUGAAGACUUUAAAGAAGUUCUCGCAGAUUAUACUGACACUCAUGAUGAGACAGAUAAACAAGUCGAAAGGGACAGAAGAUCUGAUAAUUCCGUGAUUUCUGGAAAACGAUCUUUCUCGGAUAAAUACGAUAUCUCGUUAGUACAUAAUCCGAAUUGGAAAAGUCCGAUGCAAUUAUAUCCUGAUGAAUUAAAUCUACUAAUAAAAAAUACGGGAUCUUCAAGAGCUGAUAGUGAAUUUGAAAAAGGAUUCCUAGAUCCUAAAGAUAAAGUUAAAAAUACUGACACAGAUUACGUAGAGGAAUAUUUAAAUAAUAAAUACUCAAAAUUAGCUCAAGCGUAUAGUGAUUAUGGUGUACUGGCAGCAAAAAAAGAUUAUGUAACGAAUGAAAUGAACUUACCGACAGAAAAUAUUUUACAUCAUGAAUUUCCAAAGAGUUCUACUGAAAAGGAGAACAAUUUAAAACCUAAUUUAAUUAAAAAGCGAAGAAGCGCACAAAUGCACGAACUUAACAAUCAAGAUGUAAAAUAUCCAUUUGUAUCGAAUAACAUGACAACAUCAAGAAAUGCUUUAAAAAUUAACGAUUUUGGACCAGAAGUGAACGAAUUCUUUCCCAAGGUUAAGAUAUCAUCUGAACUUAAAGAGUUAAGAAAUAUGGAGAAAAAUGUCAACGAAACUCAGAUACAUCGCUCGGAUCCAUCUUUAUUUAGAAAAAUCCGAUCAUUAAAAUCGAUAGAAGCUGAAGAAAUUAAAGAUGCAUUAGAUUUAAACAAUAACCGACAAUUCGUACCUAAUGCAGAAGUUAAUAAUACAAGCUUCAGUAAUAAUAGUAGUGUUGAAGGCCCUGGUGAAAUUUUACGUGUAUUUUCCGAUUGGUUUCUAACUCUAGCUAAAUUGUCUGGUGAAUUUAAAGAUAAUUCCACAACAACUAAACUAAGCUUUACAACAUUGAAUACAUCAACAUUUAAACCAGAAAAUGUUACAAAAGACUUCAUGUAUCCAAUGUACGACGCGGAUAUGAUUGAAAACAUCGGCCAUAGAUCUAGAGUGCUCAUGUCUAUUGAAGAGAAAAAUGGAAACACCACGUUGACAACUGUCACAAAUAACACGAAAAGUGAUAAAACCGAGGGAAAAAAUAAAGAAAGUAAUAAAGAAAAUAAAGGAUUACCAACAAAACUACCGCCAGCAAAUCAAACAACAAUAGUUAAACACGAAAAUACCACAAAUUCCAACUCAACUUCACCACAUGAGGAUAAAGUAAAUCGUACAGUUGUCAAAAGAAGUGCUGAUAGUAAUCUAAUUUUCUGGAAUGAUAUCUAUGACGAUGAAUAUGGAGUUAAAAUAGACUAUUUAGAUAACGAAGCUAGGAAUAAACAUUCGGUAGAUAAUGAGAAUUUUAUGAAACGCUCCGGACAAUGGAUCAACAAGAAAUUCAGGAAACUGGGUGAAAGUAUACGCACCGGUUAUAAUUCUAGAAAGAGUUAUAAAAGACCACAUAUCAUUAAUAGAAUGAAUAAUAGAGAACGUAGUUUUAAUAGAUUUUUACGUAAAGUCAAUGAUCUCAGACCUAAAGCCUACUACAAACGUGAUGAAAGCGGACUGUUAUAUUCAAAGAAGAAGAAAUAUGAGGAUGAUGAAAGUGAAAAUUAUUUAAACUUCGCUUCUAUGACAGCUAAAAUGAAGCAAAUAUGUCACGAAGCAGCUAAAGCCGUAGAAAAAACUAGAAAUAUAAACAUCCGUGAGAGUGAGGGUGGCGAGGAGGUUGUGGCGACGUCUCUGAUGCAGCAGCUCGUGAAACUGAUGACCGACCUCGUCGACUUCCAAGUGCAGCAGAAGACGUGCUCUAAGCUGCCGCAAGAUCUCUCUGAUUUCCUGCAGUGGCUGACAUCACCUCCAGGUUCUGAUGAGAGUAAGGACACAAGAUUCGACAUGAUACUAAUUGCCUCACCUUUAAACGAAACUAAACAAUAUAAAACUACUGAAUCACCAUUAGGAGAAAUAGCUGAUUCGAUAUUAAAAGAAGAGACAGAUCCUAAAUCUGAAUGUUUGAAUAUUCUUCAAUCGGUGCGAGAACUUUUACGUUUAUAUGACGAAUUGUCUUAUGAAGAAAAGACUAAGUUACUUGGCAUCAGAGAAUAUUUGGAAAACCAAAGAAACUUUCUUUUAAAAAUAUUAUCGACUCCUAUCGAUUUGGGUACAUCCUUAGAUAUGUUAAAAAUGUAUAGAAAACGUAACACACCAGCUCGCUUCAAGAGAUACAUCUCACAAAAGAAGGGCCCAAACAAAACACAAACGCGAAGGAAAGAAACGCCCGCAAAGAGAAUCAAUAAAUUCACAAAAACAUCGGAAACUAAACGAACGAAGACUACAAUGAAUCAAAUAGACUCUAUGGUUGUUACUGAAGGAGUUAGGAAAAAGAAACAAAAAUCAGACAAGGAGACAGCGGAAAAUAAAUCAACAACACAUCGCAAAUUUGAACCUAAAACUGCAACUGUUAAGGCAUAAAAUUCAUUGAAUCACAUUUUAAUUGUGUUAAAUAUAUAGUCAUCUCUUUCACUUAUUUUAAAAUAAAAGAGACACUGGUAUUUAAUUUUAGAUCUUAUUUAUGUACUGGAUAGGUCUGUCUUCUAAUUCCAUCUAUAAAUUCGAGUUUCUACAACCAAAUAUAAGAGUUACAAAUGUCCAGUGGAAAAUAGAGGUCAG